GGAGCCGCUACCAACCAGCAGCUCGCUCAGCUGAGACCGCCGGCACGGAGCACGCGCGCGCCGAUUCGAACCCCGCAUCGCCCUUGCUACCACCUCUCCCUCCUCCUUCUUCUUACCCCCUCCCACAGACACCUGCGCGAGCGCAGAACCCUCCCAGACCCCAGGCUGAAGGUUCUGUGCCCACGCCAGGCUCCUCGCGCGCGCCGCAGUUCCCCACACCCUCUCCCCGCCCCGCCUUCUCCCGGACCCGGAGCCCUAAUCUCCAGUCUGCCCCUCCCCCCUCCCCGUCUCCCGCCGGUUUUGGAGCCAGGCUUGGCCCCAGCCUAGGCCUAGCGGGCUCAUGGCCAAGAGGCGCGCGGCGGAGCCGUUAGCAUUCCACGUGCCCUGGAAGCGGCUCCUGCCCUGUGACCGCCUGGACGACCCCGAGCCGCUGCCGCCACCGCCGUGGGUGCCGCCGGGGCUCGGGCCGCGGCUGUCAGUGAACGGCUCCGAGCUGCGCCGCAAGCGGAAACGGGAGGACGGGACUAUGGCGGAGCCCCUGGCCUCCCCCAGCAAGCGCUCUGGCGACGCCGCAGGGUCCGACGGCACGGCCCCUGGGGACGGGACCCGCAUGGACACUGGGGAGCCCAAGCCACCAGCCGAGCCGCGCGGCUCCGCGGAGGAGGAGCCCGGAUCGCGACCGCUGCUUCAUCCCCGCGCCUCAGAGUCCGAGCGGGGUGCUGGGGAAGACGCACCGCGGCCCAGAGACGCCAGGCCCCAGGAAGAGGAGCUCAUUGAGGAAUUUUGGCAAUAUAACACAUUCCAGUACUGGAGAAAUCCUUUGCCUUCCAUUGAUCUGUCAGAGAUUGAGAAACUGUCUGAAGCAACUCUUGCCAGCAAGGAUGAAGGUGUUGAAAUUGACAUGGAAUCUUGACAUAUGGAUCUGAUACAGAUGGAAUAUUGGUUUAAGAUUUCCUUUAAGGAUGAUCAUCUUCAGAAAAACAGAUGCUUCGGAUAUUUUGAGGUGGAACCUUCUUGAAAAAACAAGGGAAGGACUUUUUACAAAAAUUACUUGGACUCGCUCUUGGUCUAUCUGAAAGGGAUUUUUCAUGGGUGGUUAAGGACAAAGUACAAUUAUAACAGAAGUAUUUUAAGACAUGGAUGCUUGAAGAAAAAAAUGUUUAAGCUUUAAACAUGACUUGUCUCUAUCCAAUUUAGGAGUUAUGGCAGUAUUAGAGGUGAUUGAGAACUAUUGGAAUAUUAAGCCAAAAAAGAGUUAGUUGUGGUGCAUGAAAUUAAGAAGUUUUAUAACAAAUGCUGGUAAUAGUAAAUAAUAUAUUAAUACAUUUUGUUACCUUUGUUCUUAGUUGAACCAAAAAAGCUGAGUCACAACAUCUAUGCAAGCUAGAAAGGUGACUUUGUCAGGGUGUUCUCUCUUUUUGAGAACUAAUGAUGUUUUUAAAGAACACUUUCCUUAUGCUGUGUAAUGUAAAGUAGUGGACAUUUCAGUAAGCACUCUUCUCAUUUGUGCUUGUAUAGCUUUUAAUAUGAUUUGACUUAUGUCAAGUUGUGCCAAAAUGCCCAAUCAGAUAGAUAUGGAGCAAUGGGAAAUGAUCAGGGGCUCCUUUUCCCUGGGGAUUAAGGGGAAAGAAAUUUUAUCAUACAAUCAGUUUGGUUGGUUUAGUUUUUUUUUUAAACUAAAUGGAAGGUUUUUUUUUUUUAACUGUAAAAAAAUUUGUCUUAGUUAGACCAUUGUACAAUUUCUUUGACUUUAUCAUCUUAUAUAUUUAUUAUGACCAAGUUUUAAAGUUUGUUUAUUAUUACUAUUGCAUUAUGGUAAGCUUUAUAAAGCCUUGCUAAAGAAAAAUAAAGUUUCUAUUGUGUGUUUAAGUUA